AUGAGGGUCAAGACUUUCCAGCGCGGCCUAUACCAUGUUCUCUACGAUUUUGGCAGAUGGACUUCAAUCCACGGACUGCCUCAUGUCGCUUUGGCUGACGAUAUUAUAACUGCGACUUUCUGGAUAGUCGUUGUUAUUGUAUCCACAUUUAUUUUGGUGAUGUUGGUUGCGAACUCAAUCAGAAAGUAUUUUAGUUAUCCGGUAACGAUGACACAAAGAGUAAGAAGAUGUCUCUAAAGAAAGGGUUGUUUAGAGUAUCAUAACGCCGCAAGACUUCCCAGUUAUUACGAUUUGCAAUGGCAGCCCUUGGAAGAGGAGUGGAGCUCCAGGGACUCCGUUGCAAGGAUUGGUAAGUGUUAUUAUUUGGGUGUCCCAUAAGUCUUGCGAUUUUUUUGGGUCGUCGACUUGUACGAAUUCCUGUAAGCUUUCAAACGCAGUACAGAGUAUGCUGUAUAUAUGGAUUUGAAGCUCAGAUAAAGCGCUUUUAAAUCGUAUAUGACAAGGUCACAUAAAGUCCACCUGCUUCCACACUGUCCCGAUAUUGCACUUGACAUUAAAAAAAUUUUGCCUGCUGAUGUUGAAAUGGACACAUGCUUUGUAAAAUUAGAUCCGUUUUCAGAUAGAGGCCUACGAAGCCGGAGCUUCCAACGAUACAUAUGGAUUUGCUGCCCCAUUUGACAUGGCGGAAUCGCUUCGGGCUACCAGGUGGACUAGAUUCAUGUUCGAAGACUUGCAAGCCUUGGAUCAGAAGGUAAAGCCUUCGUAGAAAUUUAAAAAAAGAACGUUUAUUUAGCGUUCUCACAACCUCGGCUACAGGCUGAAUGACAUGCUGAUCGACUGCCAGUACAACCAAAGGCCUUGCAAACUAAAGCAAGUAAAGAUUUUCAUUGCAUUCCUCAACAAAUUCCCUUCACUUUCAGCGAGACAGUCACCUUCUACGACCCCUACAACGGUCUUUGUCACAUGCUAAAUCCGAACAUGACCUGGCUCACAUCACGAGCCGGCCCCUACAACGGUAUGAGGAUAUCGUUGAAGUCUCCGCAAGCCGCGUACUUGCCUUGGAUUCAAACCGCUGGAAUCAUAUAUUUUGUUCAUGGAACUGUAAGCGUGUUUUUUAACCAUCAAUAUUUAUUAUUUUCCCGACAGGCGGAUGUAAGGCACCUGUAUUUAUCGCUGAAUUUUAGAAUGAAACUCCGUUUCAAGAUGCCUUUGGGUACUUUGCUCAGGUCGGGAAAUGCACCUCGGUGGGAAUAAAAGGACUGAAACGAAUCAAACUAACGCAUCCAUAUUCGGACUGUUCCGAUGAUGGGAAUGGCGCCUCAAACUACUAUGACAAUGCUUAUGCGGUAAGCAUUGUCAUAACUAAAAAUUUCGACGGUUUAACAUGACAUGACAUAGUCGUAUUAUAGAACUUUUCAACUUGAAGGAAAGGGUGCGUUUUUCAAAGCGGAGUGUUUUAGCUUAGAAAACGGAAGGGUUUGGAGUCAUUUUGGUCCCUUCCGGGAUGCAAAAUGAGACGUUUUUUGCCAUUAGAUCAAGUCCCGCACUGUACCCCUCUUUUGAAUAAAAGAAAAGUUUAUAAAGAAGAAUACAGUGGCCGACUUGACCCAGUGGAAAAAACAUUCCAUUUUGCAUUUCGGAAGUAUGAAAAAAUGUGGCAAAAUACCUCCAUUUUCGAGUGAAAGACCCCGAUUUCAUAAGCGCGACCAGAACUGCCAAGAACUCUUUAGGUAAGCUCUUUUUGUGAGGGAAAAGGCGCGCUCUUCAAAACGACGUUUUUUCACUUGGAGAGGGAGGCAUUUUGCCACAUUUUUGAUACUUCCCGGAUACGAAAUUGUACGUUUUUUGCCACUGGAUCCGGUCCUCUACUGAAAAAAAAAUGAUUUUAGGUAGAAGCUUGUCUCCGAAGUUGCAUCCAAGAUAAUAUCACAGCCACAUGCGGAUGUUAUGACCCUCAAUAUAAUUUCCCGCCGAAUAUCAGCGUUCCGUCUUGCUACAAGAUGAAUGAUACGAAUGCAGCAAGUGGGUACAAUUUUGAUCUUUUAAUUUAUUUGCUUACUCUUACACAUAAUACUGCAUUUGUAAAGCACAUAUGACAAAUUUUUGGGGUUUUUUUCGACCACAAAAAAAGCAUUUUUUUCCCGCUUUUCGACCGGAAAAUCGACCAUUUUUUGAUCCAGUGGCAAAAAUCUACCAUUUUGUAUCCGGGAAGUAUCAAAAAAUGUGGCAAAAUACCUCCCUCUCCAAGCGAAAAAACUUCUUUUUGAAGAGCGCGUCUCACAAAAAGAGCGGGCACACUUUUGAAAUCUGACAAGGGAAGUCACUUAAGUCACGGAUCAAUUUUUAAAAACGACUAUUACAGCGAUGGGGAGGGUAAGACGGAGAUGUCAAAUCUGAAAACCGCUGCCUCCACCGGCCUCUGGGAGCCGAGAUAAUCGACCAAAAAGUUUGACUAAAAAAAGGCUUCCCCGAGUAGUCCUCUCUUCCGAAAGAAGGAGGGAAGAGAGCCGAAUGGUCCGGUGGUCUGGAAGCGCGCUUCCAGGCCUUGACUUUUUCAGGUUCGAAUCCGCAUGGGUCAAAUAAUUUAUUAAACUUUUCCCGUGAUCCAGUAAAUUUGCUAGCAAUUUAUUUUUAGAUUUUUUACAUAUUUUACGACAAAAUUUCAGAGUAAUAAUUUAAAUGCGCGUUCGAAACGAUUUGAAUUUUCAAGGUUGAAAAUUUACCGUGAAAUAGUCAAAAAAUCUAAAAAUAAAUUUCUGGCAAAUUUACUGGAUCACAGCAACUGCUUUAUAAAUUUUUCACAAGUUCGAGACCCGCGCGGAUUCGAACCUGAAAAGAUGAAGGCCCGGAAGCGCGCUUCCAGACCACCGAACCAUUCGGUUCGCUGGGUUCUCUUCUUUCGGAAGGAAGAAAUGUUCGGAAGAAUUUGGUCAAACUUUUUGGUCGAUUAUCUCGGCUCCCAGAGGCCGGUGGAGGUAGCGGUUUUUAGAUUUGAUAUCUCUGUCCUACCCUCCCCAUCGCUGUAACAGUCGUUUUACAAAAUCGAUCCGUGAUUUAAGUGACUUCCCUUGUGAGUUUCUUCACUUGGAGAGAGAAGUAUUUUGCCACGUUUUUGAGGCUUCCCGGAUGCAAAAUCUUACGUUCUUUGCCACUGAAUCAGGUCCGCCAUUGUAUAAGAUUCAUUUUUUCAGUGGACUGCGCUGACUCCAUCAUAAACGUCGCAUUGGAGGACAGCGAAAGCUUCAGCAUUGAACAAUGCAAUUGCCCAUACGAUUGCGAGUAAGUUCUUGAUUUCAAAAUUAAAUUUACAAUACGAUCUACACCUAAUUGAGUAUAUAAAUUUGUCAAAAAAAAACAAAAUUUUAGCCAAUCAUUUUACCUGAUCGCUAUGUCUCAAGCCAAGUGGGUGCCUCCAAGUCACAUUGUAAGUUUCUGACCGGUAAUUAAUCAUAUUGGGCUCCAAAUACUGGGCAUUUCGACCAGUCAAUCAGCUUAUUUUUCAGUGUUUUGAGAAAAUGCCAAAACAUGGCGGGAAAUUGAAAAUUUCGCAUUUAAAAAUAUCUUUCAUAUUGCCUGUUAUAAAAUCCCCACCUAAGAAUUAAUUGAAUUUUUAGCCUCCAGAAUGUGCUAAUCAAUCAAUUUCUUCUCCAUUAUGGUCAACGUCUGAUGAAUGCAUCGCUUGGUACAAGGAGAACACCAUAAUGUUGGAGCUGUACUUCGAACGUCCGUAUUAUCAAAGCAAUUUGGAAGCAUCGGCUUAUUCUGUAACUCUUUUUUUUGAUACAGUGAGGACCCGAUCCAGUGGCAAAAAACGUGGCAUUUUGCAUCCGGGAAGCAUCAAAAAAUGUGGCAAAAUGACUCUUUCUCCAAGUGAAAAAACCCCGUUUUGAUCGGAGUUUUUUCACUUGAGAGGGAGGUAUUUUGCUACAUUUUGGAGGUCCUGAUACAGUGGCAAAAAGGUACCAUAUUGCAUCCGGGAAGCGUCAAAAAAUGUGGCAAAAUGCCUCCCUCUCCAAGUGAAAAACCCCGAUUUCAAAAACGCCUUCAAAACGGAGCUUUUUCGGUUAGAGCGGGAGGUAUUUUGCCACAUUUUUGAUACUUCCAGGAUGCAAAAUGGACGUUUUUUGCCACCGGAUCAGGUCCCCCACUGUGCUUUUCAUUGGCUAUAAAUUCUUUAGUGGACUGACGCACUAGCUGACGUCGGCGGCCAACUGGGACUUUGGCUUGGAAUGAGUGUAAUUUCGCUGGUCGAAUUGGGCAUGUUGGCCGGAGUAGCAAUUGCGUUCGUCUUCUUACAACCAAAGAAUGUGAAUAUCAAGGGUUAUGAUUACUGGAAAGAGUUCAAUAAUCAGGUAGGAAAAGAUGAUCCUUGCAUCAUCCAAAAAUGUUUGCUAAAUGCGAGGAUAUCGUGGCUCCAUCCCGAAGCUUAUAGUCACUUUCCGAAAGCUGUUCCAAACUUUUGACGCACCUAUUUAAAAAGUUUGUUUUUAAUUCUAACGAACUUUCUGAUUUCCAUGGAUAUGCCUCCGUAUAGGCUCUUAAUAUUGUACAUGGAGCUCCCUACAGAAAAGAAAUGAAACUCCCAUCUCAAAGAAGAACUAGUCUGUUCCAAACUUUUGACGUGCAGUAUAAAUUUUGGUAUUUUUAUGGGUGUAACUUUAGAUUGAUGCUAAGGGAAGCGAUUUAUACAAGGCAGAUGCCAAAGAAGACCCUUUGCCGCCGAAGAUAAUCCAUUCCGAUGACUUAAAGAGCAGUUAUAGCGAUAUUGGCCAUACCGGACAAGAAAUGCCAUAA